UCCCUCUGUCCCUCUGUCCCUCCACUGUCCCUGUACCAUGGGACCUGCCUCAGGUCCCAGCCUCCUGCUGCUGCUGCUGCUGAGCAGUCUGCCCCUGGCCCUGGGGGACCCCAUGUACUCUAUAAUCACCCCCAACAUCCUGCGGCUGGAGAAUGAGGAGACGGUGGUGCUGGAGGCCCACGGUGGGGCAGGUAACAUUCCUGUCAAGGUUACAGUACACGACUUCCCAGCCAAGAAGCAGGUGCUGUCCAGUGAGGACACCAUUCUGAACAGCGCCAAUGGCUACCUGAGCACCGUCACCAUCAAGAUCCCGGCCAGAAAGGAGUUAAAAUCACAGAAGAACAAGUUUGUGAGUGUCCAGGCGGCCUUUGGGAAUGCCCCGCCAGUGGAGAAGGUGGUGCUAGUCAGCUUUCAGAGCGGGUAUCUCUUCAUCCAGACGGACAAGACCAUCUACACCCCAGGCUCCACAGUCCUCUAUCGGAUCUUCACUGUGGACAAUGAGCUGCUUCCUGUGGGCCGAACGGUUAUCGUCAGCAUUGAGAUGCCCGAAGGCAUUCCCAUCAAGAGGAACUUCAUCUCUUCUCAAAACCACUUUGGCAUCUUGCGCUUUUCUUGGAAUAUCCCGAAGUUGGUCGACAUGGGGCAGUGGAAGAUAAAAGCCCACUAUGAAGAUUCACCACAGCAGGUCUUCUCGGCUGAGUUUGAGGUGAAGGAAUAUGUGCUGCCUAGUUUUGAGGUCCAAGUGGAGCCUGCAGAGAAAUUCUACUACAUCGAUGACCCUAAGGGCCUGGAGGUCACCAUCACAGCCAGGUUCUUGUAUGGGAAGAAUGUGGAUGGAACAGCCUUUGUUAUCUUUGGGGUCCAGGAUGGUGACCAGAGGAUUUCACUGUCCCAGUCACUCACCUAUGUUGUGAUGGAGGAUGGCACUGGAGAGGCUGUGCUGAGCCGAGAGGUCCUGCUGAGUGCGGCUCCGCAGGCCCCUCGAGAAGCUGCCCUAGUGGGAAAGUCACUGUAUGUGUCUGUCACCGUCAUCCUACACUCAGGCAGCGACAUGGUGGAGGCAGAGCGCAGCGGGAUCCCCAUCGUGACCUCCCCCUACCAGAUCCACUUCACCAAGACGCCCAGGUUCUUCAAACCCGCCAUGCCCUUUGACCUCAUGGUGUACGUGACGAACCCCGAUGGCUCCCCGGCCGGCCGCAUCCCCGUGGCCACUCAGGGCUCCAAUCAAGUGCAUUCUGUGACCCGCGAUGAUGGCCUGGCUAAGCUCACCAUCAACACACACAAGAGCCUGAAGCCCCUGUUGAUCACUGUACGCACAAUGAAGGAGGGCCUUCCGGAGGGGCGACAGGCUACCAAUCAAAUGCAGGCCCUACCCUACAGUACAAUGGGCAACUCCAACAACUACCUGCACCUGUCAGUGCCCGCCACAGAGCUCAAGCCAGGGGACACGCUCAAGGUCAACUUUGUCCUGCAAUUGGACCCCGGCCAGGAUGCCAAUGUCCGAUAUUUCACCUACCUGGUCAUGAACAAGGGGAAGCUGUUGAAGGUGGGACGCCAGGUGCGAGAGCCCGGCCAGUUCCUGGUGGUGCUGCCUCUGACCAUCACGGCAGAGUUUAUUCCUUCCUUCCGCCUGGUGGCCUAUUAUACACUGGAGAAAGGAAGCCAGAGGGAGGUGGUGGCUGAUUCUGUGUGGCUGGAUGUCAAGGAUUCGUGUGUGGGCACGCUGGUGGUGAAAAGUGCCAUGAAGGAGGAAAAGCAUCAGCAUCGACCUGGACAGCAGAUAUUGCUCAAGAUUGAGGGUAACCAAGGGGCUCGAGUGGGGCUUGUGGCCGUGGACAAGGGCGUGUUUGUGCUGAAUAAGAACAGGUUGACUCAGAGGAAGAUCUGGGACACUGUUGAGAAGGCAGACAUUGGCUGCACACCGGGCAGUGGAAAGAACUAUGCAGGUGUCUUUACGGAUGCCGGGCUGGCCUUCCAGACCAGCAAAACCCUGCAGACCGAGCAGCGGUCAGAUUUGGCAUGCCCGAAACCAGCCACCCGGCGCCGCCGCUCAGUGCAGCUCAUGGAGAAGAGGAAGGGCAAAGCGGGUAAGUACCCCAGCAAGGAGCUGCGCAAGUGCUGUGAGGACGGUAUGCGGGAGAACCCCAUGAAGUACCCGUGCCAGCGCAGGGCGCAGUUCAUCCUCCAGGACAAGGCCUGCAGGGACGCCUUCCUGGACUGCUGCAACUACAUCACCCAGCAGCGGCUGGAGCACAGCCGGAACAGCGCCAUGGUCCUGGCCAGGAGUAACCUGGAUGACGACAUCAUGGCGGAAGAAGACAUCGUUUCCAGAAGCCAGUUCCCUGAGAGCUGGCUGUGGACCAUCGAGGAGUUAAAGGACCCAGAGAAAAAUGGAGUCUCCUCCAAGACCAUAAAGGUGAUUUUGAGAGACUCCAUCACCACCUGGGAGAUCAUGGCUGUGAGCUUGUCCGACAGGAAAGGGAUCUGUGUGGCUGACCCCUAUGAGGUGACGGUGGUGCAAGAUUUCUUCAUCGACCUGCGGCUGCCCUACUCUGUGGUUCGUAACGAACAGGUGGAGAUACGAGCUGUCCUCUACAACUACUGGGAAGAAGAUAUGCUCGCGGUGAGAGUAGAAAUGCUCUACAAUCCAGCCUUCUGCAGCUUGGCCACUGCCAAGAAGCGUCACCUGCAGACUGUAUACAUUCCUCCCAAGUCCUCCGUGGCCGUGCCUUAUGUCAUUGUGCCCCUGAAGACUGGCCUGCAGGAGGUAGAGGUCAAGGCCAGUGUCAAUGGACACUUCAUCACUGACGGUGUAAGGAAGACCCUGAAGGUCGUGCCUGAAGGAAUCAGAAUGAACAAGACUGUGGCCGUUAAGACACUGGAUCCACAACACCUGGGCCAGAAUGGUGUGCAGCGAGUGGAGGUCGAGGCUGCAGACCUCAGUGACCAAGUCCCUGACACAGAGUCGGAAACCAGGAUCCUCCUGCAGGGGACCCCAGUGGCCCAGAUGGCAGAGGAGGCCAUUGAUGGGGAGCGGCUAAAGCACCUCAUUGUGACCCCUUCGGGCUGUGGAGAGCAGAACAUGAUUGGUGUGACGCCCACGGUCAUUGCGGUGCACUACCUGGACCACACUGAGCAGUGGGACAAGUUUGGCAUUGACAAGCGACAGGAGGCCCUGGAACUCAUCAAGAAGGGGUACACGCAGCAACUGGCCUUCAGGCAACCCAACAAGGCCUUUGCGGCCUUCCUGAAUAUGAAGUCCAGCACCUGGCUGACAGCCUACGUGGUCAAGGUCUUCUCUCUGGCCGCCAACCUCAUCGCCAUCGACUCCGAAGUCAUCUGUGGGGCUGUCAAGUGGCUGAUCCUGGAGAAGCAGAGGCCUGAUGGAGUCUUCCAGGAGGAUGGGCCUGUGAUACACCAAGAAAUGAUUGGUGGCUACAGGCAUGCUGAGGAGAAAGAUGUGUCCCUCACAGCCUUCGUUCUCAUCGCGCUGCAGGAGGCUAAAGAUAUUUGCGAGGGACAGGUCAACAGCCUUGGGGGCAGCAUCAAUAAGGCCGGACACUUCCUUCAAGCACACUACAUGAACUUGAAGAGACCAUAUGCUGUGGCCAUUGCUGGCUAUGCCCUGGCCCAGUUGGGCAAGCUGGAGGGCCCUCUCCUCAACACAUUUCUGAAUGCAGCCACAGAUAAGAACCGCUGGGAGGAGCCUGGCCAAAGGCUCUACAAUGUGGAGGCCACAUCCUAUGCCCUGUUGGCUCUGCUGCUGCUCAAAGACUUUGACUCUGUACCUCCUGUUGUGCGCUGGCUCAACGAGCAGAGAUACUACGGAGGUGGCUAUGGCUCCACCCAGGCCACUUUCAUGGUGUUCCAAGCCUUGGCCCAAUACCAGAGGGAUGUCCCUGACCAUGAGGAUCUGAAUCUGGAUGUGUCCAUUGACCUGCCCAGCCGCAGCUCUGCGGUCACGCACCGCAUCCUCUGGGAAUCCGCUAGCCUCCUGCGAUCAGAAACGACCAAGGAAAAUGAGGACUUCACAUUAACAGCUAAAGGGAAAGGACAAGGCACCUUGUCGGUGGUGACAAUGUACCAGGCCAAGAUCAAAGGUGGAGCCCCUUGCAAGAAGUUCAGCCUCAGGGUUAACAUACAACCAGCCCUUCAAGUGAAGAAGCCUCAGGACGCCAAUAGAACCAUGUUACUCAACAUCUGUACCAGGUACCUGGGAGACCAGGAUGCCACUAUGUCCAUCCUGGAUAUAUCCAUGAUGACUGGCUUUGCUCCAGACCCUGCUGACCUCAAGCAGCUGGCCAGUGGCACUGACAGGUACAUCUCAAAGUUCGAGUUGGACAACAAGGCCUUCUCCAACAAGAAUACGCUCAUCAUCUACCUGAACAAGAUCUCACACGAUCAAGAGGACUGUAUAGCCUUCAAAGUUCACCAGUACUUUAAUGUGGGGCUCAUCCAGCCGGGGGCAGUCAAGGUGUACUCUUAUUACAACCUGGAUGAGUCUUGUACCCGGUUCUACCACCCGGAGAAGGAAGAUGGAAUGCUGAGCAAACUCUGCCACAAUGAAAUAUGCCGCUGUGCUGAGGAGAGCUGCUUCAUGCACCACUCAGAUGACCAGGUCACCCCAGAUGACCGGCUGGACAAGGCCUGUGAGCCAGGAGUGGACUAUGUGUACAAGACCCAUCUCCUCAGGAAGGAGCUAUCGGAAGAUUUUGACGAGUACAUAAUGGUCAUCAAGCAGAUCAUCAAAUCAGGCACCGAUGAGGUGCAGCCUGAACAGGAGCGCAGGUUCAUCAGCCACAUCAAGUGCAGAGCAGCCCUGAAGUUGCAGGAGGGGAAACACUACCUCAUAUGGGGCCUCUCCUCAGACCUGUGGGGAGAGAAAUCCAACAUCAAGUACAUCAUCGGGAAGGACACCUGGGUAGAGCUGUGGUCUGAAGCAGACGAAUGCCAAGACGAUGAGAACAAGAACCUGUGCAGGGACUUGACCAGCUUCAGUGAGAGGAUGGUCGUCUUUGGCUGUCCCAACUGA